ACCAGGUCUCACCAGGUCGUUUUCCACUCUCUCAUGUGACGUGACUCGAGGCCAUCAAAGUGGACAAUGGACUCACUGGAGUGGAAGACCAAGUGGACGUCGAGUGGAAGUUGCCUGCUCCACCUCCUCGUCCUCCUGUCACUCCUACAAGAAUACGCCGGUGCCUUAGACGUGUACAGCUUCCAGAAGGAGGGCGUGCAGUCCGACGCCCACAUCCUGUACUCGGGACCUGCAGGAGACACCGAAGGGCAGGGAUGGAGACGUCCUUUCACGCCCGAGGACUUCAGCGUGUGUCUUCGCCUCAAGUUCUUCUACCUGUGGGACCUCUCGGGGUUUCUUCAGCUGUCGGCCGACGAGGAGGGAGAUUCGCCGACGUCCAUGCUCAGCGCAGAAGUCAACCUUCGCUACUUCCGCGUCAGGUUGGGAAUCUUCCGCCGCCUCUUCUUCAUUGGGCGUCCUCUGAGGGCCCUCACCUGGUACCACGUCUGCGUCACGUACUCCCAGGACACGCUCAGGUUCUAUCUGAAUGGGGAUUUGCAGGGAAGCCAAGCAGGAGGCCCCGAGUAUCCUGUAGGUGGGACGCGACUCAAGGUUGGCGCCUGGGAUGCCGUCAGGAGCUUCAGCGGCGAGAUAACGGAGGUUAACGUGUGGAGUCGUGCCUUGGCGGUGGACGAAGUGGCGUCGCUGGUGGACUGCAAAGGGAGCGCGGGUGAUCUGAUUGCCUGGACGGACACCUGGACAAUGCUCGGCGACGUAACGAAGGCGGACGUCCCCUCCGAGAGGCUGUGCAGCGACAAGAAAGACACGAAGCAGUUCUUCUUCCCGCCCGUCUCCUCCAAGGCAGCCUUUCAAGUGUGCGAGGGUUUGGGAGGCUCGGUGACGACGCCUCGGAGUUCGGAAGUGGACGGCCUCAGACGACUCAUCUCUGGCUUUGCUGACAACGAGACCUGUUCGAGGCUUUGGACGGGGGUCACGGACAUCGCCAAGGAAGGGGAAUGGACGUACCACAAGGACGGCCUUCCUGCGCAGGUCUCGUGGCGACCCGGGGCACCCGACGGGGACUUCCUGCAGAACUGCGCCGCGAUUCUUCUCGAUGGGUCCUCGGCCGGCCUGACCGACGUCGCGUGUUCCCAGAAGCUGUGCACGGUGUGCGACGUGCCGGAGGGGAUCGUGUGGACGCUCCUGGGUGCGUGCGAGGAGCACGCGAGGAACAUCCACUUCGUCGCCCGCCAGAAGGCCUCGGGGGAGUUCCACUUCCGCGGCUACUCUAACUACAUGAUCACGAGGAACGACACGGACGGCCGCUGGGUCUGGUGGGACCGCCAGAGGAACGAGGUCGUGGCCGUCCUCUCCGAAAGCGAAUCCGGCUUCCCGAUGGGACGACGCAGCUGGGCCCUGCAGCGCUCCGUCUGCGGAAGGAAGCCGCCCGUGGAGCACACGCUUCUGCUGACCCCUUGUGGGGCGGGCAGCUUUUCGUGCGACGACGCGACGUGCAUCCCCCUGUACCAGCGCUGCGACCUCAAGUUCGACUGCAGGGACAAGAGCGACGAGAGCGGUUGCGAGCUCGUGCAGUUCCCUCCCGUGUACCGGCCGGACCUUCCGCCGAGCGACGUCGCCUCCGCUGCCUCGGCGCCGCUCCCCGUCGGCGUCCGCAUGGUGCUCGAAAGCGCCGACGUCAGGACCAGUACCAUGAUGAUCCACAUCAAUUACAACCUGAGUCUGACGUGGCGCGAAGGGCGGGUCAACUACCUCAACCUGAACAAGGAUUACACCCUCAACAGGGUACCACACAAUACCAUGAGGGAACUGUGGGUGCCGACGGUAGACUUCACUAACACCCGAGGCAACCACAUCACCCACGCAGACGAGGAAGCUACCAUGAUGGUGCUCAUGUCAGGGGAGCCGACCAUGGGCGGGGACACGCGACCCCAAGAAGUUGAAGUGUAUUCAGGAUGGGAAAACCCGUUGACAGUGAGAAGGAAAUACAGUGAGACGUUCCAGUGUGAAUUUGACUUGUCCUUGUACCCUUUUGACCAACAAGAAUGCCACUUGGUGUUAACAAUGCUCUCGGCUUCCUCACGGCUCCUGGUCUUCGACGCGAGCAAAAGCGAAGCCGUUUUUAUCGGAAAUCCUCAUUUGGUUGAGUACACGGUGGGUCGAGUCCGCGUCGACCUCAAAAACCAGACGGAUUUCGCCGUCAUGCGCGUUAAGAUCUCGUUGAUAAGACGCGCCGGCUACAUCCUCAUGAACGUCUACAUACCUUCGAUGCUGCUGUUGGUUGUAAGUUACGUGACGCUGUACUUUAGGGUCGGGAUAUUCCAAGCCCGUGUGUUGGGGUCGCUGACGGCGCUACUGGUAAUGGCCACGCUGUUCACCCAGGCGUCCUCCCACCUCCCGAAGACGUCCUACUUCAAGAUGGUGGACGUGUGGCUCCUGACGUGCAUCGUCGUCAUCUUCAUUAUCAUCGUCUUCCACGUCAUGAUCGACAGGGCGUUCGAGAGGGCCGAGAAAGCCCCUUCCGCGCCUCCUCUUGCAGGGCUGUCGGAGAAACAGGCCACGAGAGUACAUCCCUCGGGACUAAGCUCGACCUUAGCCUCCUCCAAGGACCCGAGGAGCACCUUGGAGUUCGUGUCCACCAGCAGGAGUAACAGCCUCCAGCUCCGUCCUCGGGAAGGGACGCCCCUCUACAAGAGCUUGGUCCUCGGCGCCCGGGUGGUCAUCUUCGCGGCGCUUCUGGUUUUCAACUUAAUCUAUUGGAUCAUUGUUCUUGUUAACUAAUUUUUGUUGUUGUUGUUUUUUUGUAUUAUUUUUUAUUUGUUGUUGUCUUUCAUUUUGUGUUUCUUUUUUUGUUUUAUUUUUGUAUUAUUGU